CGCCUUCUAGAGGCCGAAGCCGCUCCCUCCCCCUCCUCCUCCCGGCAAAGUAAUGGCGGUGCUGCGGAAUGCGCGGCCUUUCCAGGUUCCCAAUCCCCAUCGCUUUUUGGCCCUGGCUGUGCUCGGUAGAAAAGACCCUGGGGGGGGGUCGACCACCUCCGUAGAACCGCAAUUGUGACGCCGGUGCGGCCGCGCAGCCCGGCGCCUUGGCAAGGCUCGUUCGCUUCUCUAUGAUUUUUGUCCUCUCCGGAUGUUUGGUCUGCGCUUGCGCGGAGCGGCCUGGCGUCGUCAAGGAGCUCGACGGGGCGCCAGCGAGAGCUGGGGUAGGAGGCGCGGCGCGGCGUCAUGUCGGCGGGAGGCUUGCUGGAGAAGCCGCAGAUCAUCGCCCACGCGCAGCAGAGCUUAUCGUACACGGUCUUCGGCUGCCUCUGGGUCCCGUGCAGCGCCCGCCUCCUCUGCCUGGGCACCUUCCCGCGGGGGACGGGCGUCCUCCAGCUCUACGAGUUGCAGGGCGGCCGCCUCUGCCUCCUCCGCGAAAUUGAAAAGCCAAGGCCUAUUAAAUGUGGAACCUUUGGUGCUUCUUCUCUGCAACAGAGGUACCUUGCUACAGGAGACUUCGGUGGAAACUUAAAUAUAUGGAAUUUGGAAACACCAGAAAUCCCAGUGUACUCUGUGAAGGGACAUGAAGAAAUCAUAAACAGUAUUGAUGGUGUUGGUGGUUUGGGAAUUGGAGAAGGAGCACCAGAAAUCGUGACAGGAAGCCGUGAUGGGACUGUGAAGGUGUGGGACCCAAGACAAAAAGACAUUCCUGUUGCCAAUAUGGAACCUGCACAAGGAGAGAGCAAAAGAGACUGCUGGACAGUGGCGUUUGGCAAUGCAUAUAAUCAGGAAGAGCGUGUGGUGUGCGCUGGUUAUGACAAUGGGGACAUCAAGUUGUUUGACCUUAAGAACAUGUCCUUGCGAUGGGAGACCAACAUCAAGAAUGGGGUUUGCAGUGUUGAAUUCGAUAGGAAAGAUAUAAGUAUGAACAAACUGGUAGCUACUUCACUUGAAGGAAAGUUUCAUGUUUUUGACAUGAGAACUCAGCAUCCAACUAAAGGUUUUGCUUCCGUAUCGGAGAAGGCUCACAAAUCCACCAUGUGGCAAGUUCGACAUCUUCCACAGAACAGAGAUAUCUUUGUGACUAGUGGGGGAGCUGGAAAUCUUCAUCUAUGGAAAUAUGAAUAUCCGGGACAGCGCUCCAAGAAGGAUUCAGAAGGACAUGAGAUGGGAGUCGCUGGUUCAGUGAGCCUUCUGCAAAAUGUGACAUUGUCGACCCAGCCUAUCUCGAGCCUGGAUUGGAGCCCUGACAAAAGGGGCCUCUGCGUCUGUAGCUCGUUCGACCAGACUGUAAGAGUACUUAUCGUCACUAAACUGAACAAGAUUUGAUGGGAGAAUAGCUGACAAAGAAAAACAUCCAGAGACAUUCCUAAGAGAGCCUUUUGGAAGUUCAGUCAAGCAUCACUGUAUGCCUCAGACCUUACAAGAAGCAGAAAAGCUCGUGUGGAGUGCUUUCUAACUUCUUAGAGCUGAAGAUUGCAUUUGCCUAAAAUGUGCCUUCAGUUUUAGCACAAUGAAACCUGUUCGUGUGCUUGAUAGUCUUCAGUGCAGAAUGCCUUUAUGUUCAUGGCAUCUCUUGCACAGGGUAACAGCUUGUUGCCAGUUGUUUAAAUUAUUCUUAAAAUAUAUGUGUUUCCAUUGGCUCACAAGAAUAGACUGUAAUAUAUGGAUAUCCUGGAAAGCAACGUUCAGAGUCAGCCAAUGUUCGUUCGCUAAAGUAUUAAACUUGUUGGUAUGUUUUUUCUACAUUCCUUGGAUUGCACUUAUUUUGUCCAUUUAAAAAUUGAAUAGCUGUGUUUUAAUUAAGUAAAGAUUAAAUGUUUGCUAUGCUGUA